GGCGCGCGCUCCCGCCGGCCAGCCCUGUUAGACGUGGCAGUUUCCCUGAGCAGCAGCAGCCGCCGCCGCCGCCAGUGCCGGUGCAAAGGAGAGCCAGCUGCUGCCUCGACUCUGGAACCCAGGAGGAAGACAGCAGAACAAGUCUGGCUUGGCUUUCUUGAAAAAAAUAAAAUAAAGUUUUGCUGAAAUGAAUCAGCAAGGAUAUGUUGCAAUGCCUCCAUAUUCUCAGUCCCAACCAGGAAUGGGAGGAUUUUCUACUGGCUUUGGACAACCUCCUGCUUCACCUCUGUAUGGACACUAUGGUGAAUCAAGCCCAUCGCCAUCUGUACCUCAGUCAGGUGUGUUGAAAACAAACGUGCCUUUUGGGUCUGCUGGUCCCAUUGGAUCGCCUCCUCAAAGCACUCACCAGUUUAACCAGAUGAAUCUUCAGAAUGGACCUAGCACCACAGCUCAACAGUUGCACAGAUUUCCAGGUUCUCAUCCUCCAUAUUGCCAUCCAUCACAGUCCUGUCCAAACAGCCCACCUUCUUCAUCUACAGUACAGCUAGCUAAUCAGCUUGGCAACAUGCAAAUAAAUAAUUAUGGUUCCAGUAAUGCUCCCAAUGCACCUCCUUUUGUGCCUUUUGGACCCCCACAGUCUUUGCAAAGUCCACCACCAUCUCAUCCACAUCAAAUGGCCUUACCACCUGGUUCUCAGAUUUCUCCACCACCAGCAAAUAACUUGAACAGUCACUGCCCUCCACCUCCACCUUCGAUGGCCAGACAGGAAGGGAUCCCUGGGUCAAGCCCAUUGAACACCAAUUUGCCACAACAACUCUCAAAUGAGCCCUUGGGUCCUGGGUUUCCUCCCCAGUAUGGAAACUAUGGCCCUCCAAUGCCAGGUGCACAACUGUCUUAUCCAGGUGGCCUUCCCUCAGGUCCAGCACAACUAGCUGGACCUCAGCAGAGGAAACUGGAUCCUGAUUCCAUUCCAAGCCCAAUUCAGGUAAUUGAAAGUGACAAAGAUUCCAAAGGAGGUCAAAUCUAUGCUACAAAUAUCAGAGGCCAGGUUCCUCCUCUGGUUACUACAGACUGUGUGAUCCAAGAUCAAGGUAAUGCCAGUCCUCGUUACCUUCGCUAUACCACCUAUUGCUUCCCUUCAUCUUCAGACCUGGCAAAACAGGCUCAGAUUCCAUUAGCUGCUAUCAUCAAGCCCUUUGCCAAUGUUCUUCCAAAUGAGACACCAAUUUAUGUGGUCAACCAUGGUGAAACGGGGCCUAUCCGAUGCAACCGUUGCAAAGCCUAUAUGUGCCCCUACAUGCAGUUCAUUGAGGGGGGAAGAAAAUACCAGUGUGGAUUUUGCAGCUGUGUAAAUGAUGUCCCUCCUUUCUAUUUUCAACAUCUGGACCAUGUUGGCAGAAGAAUAGACCACUAUGAAAGGCCAGAAUUAUCUCUAGGAUCAUAUGAAUACAUUGCUACUUUAGAUUAUUGCAGGAACAACAAGCCUACACAGCCACCAGCCUAUAUAUUCAUGAUUGAUGUGUCAUACAAUAACAUAAAGAGUGGUCUUGUUAAACUCAUUUGUGAUGAACUGAAGACUGUACUGGAUAGACUUCCAAGGGAGGAACAAGAGGAGAUGUCAAGUAUCCGUGUUGGAUUUGUCACCUACAACAAAGUCCUCCAUUUCUUCAACGUAAAGAGCAACCUGGCACAACCUCAGAUGAUGGUUGUCACUGAUGUUGGUGAAGUCUUUGUGCCUUUGCUGGAUGGUUUCCUCGUCAGCUUUCAGGAGUCACGAUCAGUUAUCCACAACUUGCUGGACCAGAUUCCAGAGAUGUUUGCUGACACUAAUGAGAGUGAGACAGUCUUUGCUCCUGUGAUUCAGGCUGGCAUGGAAGCGCUAAAGGCAGCAGAAUGUCCUGGAAAGUUGUUUCUCUUCCAUGCUUCACUGCCAACUGCAGAAGCUCCUGGGAAGCUGAAGAGCAGAGACGAUAGAAAACUGGUCAAUACAGAAAAGGAGAAGACACUGUUUCAGCCACAGACAAAUAUUUAUGAGACCCUGGCCAGAGACUGUGUUGCAAAUGGCUGCUGUGUGGAUCUGUUCCUUUUCCCAAACCAGUAUGUUGAUGUAGCAUCCAUGGGCCUUGUUACUAUGCAUACUGGAGGAACUCUGUACAAAUACAACAAUUUUCAGGUAAAUUCUGACAGCCAUCAAUUUCUGAGUGACCUCAGGAAAAAUAUAGAAAAAAGGAUGGGAUUUGAUGCAAUCAUGAGGGUUCGUACUAGCACAGGUUUCAGAGCAACAGAUUUCUUGGGGGGCUCUUUAAUGAACAACACCACUGACAUUGAAAUGGCAGGAGUAGACUGUGACAAAGCAGUAACUGUGGAAUUCAAGCAUGAUGACAAGUUGAAUGAAGACAGUGGAGCUUUAAUCCAGUGUGCAGUCCUUUACACAUCCAUGAAUGGUCAAAGACGACUACGUAUACAUAACACUGCGCUUAAUUGUAGCUCUCAGUUAGCUGAUGUCUACAAGAGCUGUGAGACUGAUGCACUCAUAAAUUUCUUUGUGAAAUCAGCUUACAAUGCCAUUCUCAGCCAACCCCUGAAGACUGUCCGUGAGAUCCUGAUGAAUCAGACAGCUCGCAUGUUAGCAUGUUACAGAAAGAACUGUGCCACCCCAUCUGCUGUGAGCCAGCUUAUCCUUCCUGAUGCAAUGAAAAUAUUCCCAGCCUACAUGAACUGUCUUCUGAAAAGCUCUGUUCUAAUGGGCAGGCCAGAAAUCCCUACAGAUGAAAGAACUUUUCACAGACAGCUGGUCAUGUCCAUGGAUGUUGCCAGCACCCAAUUAUUAUUCUAUCCACAGCUUCUGCCAAUUCAUUCUAUGGAUGUAAAUAGUGAUGUAUUCCCCUCUGCUGUCCGCUGCUCAGAAGAACGCCUGUCUGAAGGAGGGUUAUUUUUAUUGGCGAAUGGGGUACAUAUGUUCUUAUGGUUAGGAGUCAGUGCCCCACCAGAGCUUAUCCAGGGGAUAUUUAAUGUACCAUCUUUUGCACAUGUCAGCACUGAAGCUACACUCCUUCCUGAAGUGGAGAAUCCCUACUCUACCAAGCUGAGGUCAAUUAUAGAUCAUCUACAGCACAAAACUCCGUAUACCAUGAAGAUCCUGAUUGUGAAGCAAAGAGAGCAGCCAGAGAUGGCUUUCAAACAGUUCUUGGUUGAAGAUAAGAAUAUUUAUGGAGGAGCUUCUUAUGUGGAUUUCUUAUGUUGUGUUCAUAAAGAGAUUUGCCAAUUACUUAAUUAAUGGAUGCAUGAAUACUAAUUCUUUGUGCUUAUCAAGAGGGACUUUUCUUCAGUGACCAACCACCAUAAGGUGCUUUUUAAUUAUACCAUUUUGUACAGUUUCUAAUUUCAUAUCUUUUUGCCCUUUUU